UCAGAGGUUUAUCGUUGUCUAAGUUUAGAUCUUGGCUCACAGACGGUGUCUCAAGUAACAAGGCUAGAGACUCACUACAGCGACUCCACAUUCCAGAUGGAAACACAGCCACACGGAGAGCUAAACGGAGACAAGCACGGAAAAAUUGCGAGUCAGAAAAAGGGAGAGGCAGCAUAAGGUUUAUUCAUGCACUGUCCUGUAACUGGAUAUUUUACACAGAAGACACACAUUAACUCACCGAGCACAACAUAGAAUAGUUGCUCUGAGACGUCUUCCUGGUGGGUUUAUGUCUCUGUUCUGCCUAAACUAUGACAGAGGAAGCAAACUCAGAACCUCAGCAGUCAUCAGCCUCUGGGUCCACUCAACAUUUUCUACGAGAUGUCAUCUUUCAUGGCAAGUUUAGGGCUCUCAAUCCAGAGGAAAGCACCAAUUGCUAUCAUGGACUUUUCUUCCAGGAUGGUCAGCGGCGUGUCGACUACAUUCUCACUUACCCUGUGAGGAAGUCAGGUGGAGGGCGCUCCAGUCGACAGUCAGACCACAGUCUCACAGAGAACUUUGCUUCCCGCACGCUUGGACAAAGCAAGCAGGUCCAAGGUGCAUCCACAGUGGCUGAUGUGGAAAUGGGAUGUCUGGGAGAAACGCUUAACAGUCAAGAGGAUCACAAAACAUUCAGGAGGGAGGAGUUUGAGAAAAAUCUGAAAGAAAUGGGACUAGAGCUGGAAAAAGAUGAGGAAGCCAUGAUUCCUGGUUUGGGCUUUGUAAAGAUUCAUGCACCCUGGAACGUUCUCUGUCGAGAGGCUGAAUUAAUGAAGCUAAAGAUGCCCACAAAAAAGGUCUAUGAGGUCAAACAAUCAAGCAAUUUCAUGAAGAAAAUCAGCUCCCUGGUCAAUAAAGUGCUGGAACCAUUGCACCCUAAUGUUGAGGAACAUCAUUCCAAGAACAUCAAGCACCUGUCACACUCGUUCUCCAGGGAAAAGCAACACCUGUUUGACCUCUCAGACAAAGAUAACUUCUUUGACAGCAAAACCAGGAGUUCCAUAGUAUUUGAAAUAUUAAAAAGAACCAAAUGCAAGGCUAAAUUCAGCAUGGGGAUCACCAGUCUCCUUGGUAGUGGGGUUUAUUCAGCAGCCUAUCCUCUUCAUGAUGGAGCCAUUGAGGAGGAGAGUGCAGAACCCAAUGACAGAAAGCUUUUGUACGAGGAGUGGGCAAACUACAGUGUCUUUUAUAAGUACCAGCCCAUUGGACUUGUUCGGAAAUAUUUUGGUGAGAAGAUUGGCCUUUACUUUGCCUGGUUGGGCCUGUAUACCCAGAUGCUUAUUCCUGCGUCACUAGUGGGGGUCAUUGUGUUUCUCUAUGGAUGUGCAACAGUUGAUGACAAUAUACCAAGCAUGGAGAUCUGUGAUCCAAAGAACAACAUCACCAUGUGUCCCCUGUGUGACAGAGUGUGUAGCUACUGGAAACUCAGUACAGCAUGUGGAACUGCUCGUGCCGGUCACCUGUUUGAUAACCCAGCCACGGUUUUCUUCUCCAUAUUCAUGGCGCUGUGGGCUGCCAUGUUUAUGGAGCACUGGAAGAGGAGGCAGAUGAGACUAAACUAUGAGUGGGACCUCACUGGGUUUGAAGAUGAAGAGGAAGCAUUGAAGGAUCAUCCCAGGGCUGAAUAUGAAUUCAGAGUGAUGCAGAAGUCCCUGAAGAAAGAAAAAAAAUCCCCACAGAAGGUUGAAAAGCUCACAUGUAGAGACCGUCUUCCUGCAUACAUGACUAAUAUUGUCAUGAUGCUGCUGAUGAUCGGGGUUACGUUUGCCAUUGUGUUUGGUGUGAUCCUUUACCGGAUUUCCACCAAAGCUGCUCUAUAUAUGAGCUCCAGUCCAACCACAAGAAGCCACGUACAACUGACAGUAAAAACCACUGCAGCCAUCAUUAACCUGGUGGUCAUUCUGAUCCUGGAUGAAGUGUAUGGAGCUGUGGCUCGCUGGCUUACUGUCCUAGAGGCCCCUAAAACAGAGAAGAAUUUCGAGGAACGGCUGAUUUUUAAGACUUUCAUUCUCAAGUUUGUCAACGCUUUUACCCCAAUCAUCUACAUCGCUUUCUUCAGGGGAAGACUGGUGGGCAGACCAGGCAGAUAUUUAUAUGUGUUUGAGUCUUACAGAAUGGAGGAGUGUUCUGAUGGAAGCUGUUUGAUGGAGCUAUGUAUCCAGCUGAGUAUUACCAUGCUGGGGAAGCAGCUAAUUCAAAAUAACCUUUUUGAGAUUGGAAUACCCAAACUGAAGAAGCUAAUUCGAUACAUUCAGUCGGAACAAGGAGCAUUUCAAGAAGAAGAGAGACAAAAGAAACUGCGGAGAUAUGAGACAGACCAUUUCUUGGAACCGUUUGGUGGACUGACACCUGAAUAUAUGGAAAUGAUUAUCCAGUUUGGUUUUGUCACAUUGUUUGUAGCAUCCUUCCCUCUUGCUCCUCUAUUUGCUCUGCUCAACAACAUUAUCGAAAUACGGCUUGAUGCUAAGAAAUUUGUGACCGAGUUGCGAAGACCAGUGGCAGCAAGAGCCAAAGAUAUCGGUAUAUGGUAUGAUAUUCUGAGAGGAGUAGCAAAAGUUGCUGUCGUCAUUAAUGCAUUUGUCAUCUCCUUCACAUCAGACUUCAUCCCUCGGAUGGUCUACCAGUAUAUGUACAGCCCUGAUGGCUCCUUGCAUGGAUUUGUCAACCAUACGCUGUCCUACUUUAAUGUCAGUCACUUUGAGCAUGGCAAAGGAACUAUGGAUCCAAUGCCUUAUGGCUAUCCCAUUGAAGUUUGCAGGUCGAUCCUGACAGCAGCCAUUCUGUUUGUUUCUUUCUCUUGCACAUUGGCCAAGAGCAUCCACAUAUUUUGCUUUCAUUGGUCUUGAAGAAAUGGGUCCAUUAUGCAUUGAGCAUGCACUUGCCUACUAAAAUGGUGUGGAUCACUUCCAGUUUGACUUAUGGGAACAAUGUAUACAUUAACCAAUACUUCAAUUACACUAAAGCAUGAAUCAGAUGGAUGCUUUUAAUUGUUUCCAAGGUUAAAUAAGUUGUUUUAACCAGUCAGUGUGCAUUACUAUUCUCCUUUAGUGCAGUGGAGUAAAAGGCCAUGAACUUGGUGUGGAUGUUGCUGCACAGAAAGUUCAUCAACACAUCAAGAAAUUAACAACCUCCAUUAAUAGGAGGCAGAUCACAGUUAUUGAAAAAAAUUAGAGGUUAUUUUAGUUGCUCAGUGUUCGUUUUUCACAUCAGAAAUGUUCAUUGGUAAAAUUUGAAUUCUUAUUUAAACAGAUGAAAAUGAAAAUGAGAUGGGAAAAUGUGUGUCAUUUAGCUGCAUAAUCAUUCUGCACAAUAUUAUUUUCCCAAUAAUUUUGCACAUAUAGAUAUUUUCAUAGAAACAGAAAACCUCACUUUUAGUUUCUUAAAGGUUCAUGUAUGGGGUUUACUGACAUUUUGGAUCAAACAAGAGAACUGUAGUUGGUGAUUAAUAAAAAUAAUAAUUGUGUCAGAUCAAUCAGAUCAAGGCAGACUUCAGUCCAGCCUUGAUCUGAGUUUUCCCAAACAGUGGCUUUUUCAUCACUGCUCUUCCAUAAAGCUUUGACAGGUGAAUGAAUUGGGGUUACAGAUGUUGUCUUUUUUAAACAGUAGGUCGCACUGAUUAUACCGUACUGU